AUGAUCUCCUACGUCAUCGCCCUCGUGGCAUUCCUCAUCUUCUUCUCCGACCCCCUCGUCGACUUCUUCUCCCCGUCGUCAACAUCCGGCAGUGGCCGGAGUAGCACAAGCCGGAACCGGGUGGCCCGCUCGCCCCGGCCGCAGAUGAACGAGUCCCUCCUCGCCAUUGAACACCCCAACGCCACGGCCCUGUCGUGCCCGCCCGACGAUUACUCUGUGCGCAUCUUUUCCAAGGAGCCGUUGGUGUUGUACAUUGAAGGGUUUUUGAGUGUGGAAGAAAGGAAGCAUUUGCUUGAGAUUAGCAACCCCAUCUUCGAACCCUCAACAAUAACCCACAACGGCGCAAACACCCACCGCGACACCUCCAUUCGCUCCUCCGACGUCGCCCUCCUCCCGCGCGACGACACGGUUCGCUGCAUCGAGGCCCGCGCCCGCGCCCUCCAGGGCUGGCGCGAGGACCUCUGGAUCGAGAGGCUGCGGACGCAGCGGUACGUCGAGGGCGGGCAUUACUCGUAUCACUUCGACUGGACCGCCAACCGCGGCGGGUGGGGCCGGGUGAGCAGUAUGAUGGCUUGGGUUGACGCGCGCGGCGAGGAUGAGAACGAGGUACCGCCGGGGACGGGGAACGGGGAUGGGUUGGUUGGUGGCGGGACGGAAUUUCCAUUGUUGGAGGUUCCGGGGUUGAAGAAGGAGGCUUGGUGUCGGUUUGUGGGGUGUGUUGGGAGGAAUGGUGGUGAGGAGAAGAAGAUGGGAGGUGAGGAGGAGGUAAAGGGGACUACCUUCAAGCCUGUUCCGGGCAACGCGGUGUACUGGGAGAACUUCAGGGCUGAUGGGAGCGGUGCCGGGUAUGACGAGACGUGGCACGCCGGAUUGCCGGUCAAAAAGGGCGUCAAAGUCGGGCUGAAUAUUUGGAGCACUGGGAGGAUAGAGUGA